AUGCCAAGCAGUGCAGAGCUGGUGGCCGAUGACCCUAACGAUCCGUACGAAGAACAUGGGAAGGAUAGAAUCAUAUUUGUCACCAAAGAAGACCAUGAAACGCCAAGCAGUGCAGAGCUGGUGGCCGAUGACCCUAACGAUCCGUACGAAGAACAUGGAUUGAUACUGCCAAAUGGAGACAUUAACUGGAACUGCCCGUGCCUUGGGGGUAUGGCCAGUGGCCCCUGUGGGGAACAAUUCAAGUCAGCCUUUUCCUGCUUCCACUAUAGCACGGAGGAUGUCAAGGGCUCAGAUUGUGUAGACCAGUUCCGGGCCAUGCAGGAAUGCAUGCAGAAAUACCCAGACCUCUACCCCCAGGAGGAUGAGGAGGAAGAGGAGGAGAAGCCAGCAGAACGAGUAGAGGAAACGGCGCCCCCUGAGGCCGCUGCAACCAAAGAGGAGGAGGAGGGGUCAAGCUAAUGAAAGCAGAGGGCACUGGGCUCCAGGCCUUCCUCCUCACAGUGAUAUGGACCUUUUGCAAAAUGCCUUUCAGCCACCCCCCAGGAAAGCGCUUUCCCUCUGUUGUUCUGUGCACUGUAAUGUACAAAGUAACUUAUUUUGAUAAUCAGGGGUCUUGGCCCCUUGACAGUAUACACUGAAGAAAAUGGGG